GAAAUCACAUGCUGACUAUAAAAGCGGCUGAGAGGAAUAUUCACAGUGAGAUCGUUGAGUGUCACAUCAACGGACGCAAUUAAACGUAAUCGAAUGAAAUACUUGUAAAAUUAUUCAUCAAAGAUAAUCAAUAAUUUUUUCAUUGUAAGAAAUGGAUUGGGAUAACUUAAGUUAUCAAUUGAUACCAAUAGUGAAUGAAGUAAUUUCUGCCACCAUCUUUCCAGAAACGCACGAUGAAGGUUUUUUUAAAAAAGUGAUGAAAAGUUUAAUAAGAAACGACACGUUACCAAGCAUAAAACGUGAAUCAAAAAAUGAAGAAACUGCUAGAGAAAAACUAGAAGAGGGAAAUAAAAUACUUUCAAGUGCAUCGCUAGAAAAAUUGAUUGAAAUUUAUAGUGAGGCGAUAGCCUACGCACUACCUGGCUCAGAAUUAUUAGCAUGUGGAUUUGCAAAUCGCUCGGCAGCACUAACAAAUGGGGGUAUGUAUGAAGAUUCUUUGAAGGAUAUAGAGAGAGCAUUUGAAAUCGGUUAUCCAGAUAAUUUAAAGGCUAUAUUAUAUGCUCGCAAAGCAAAAAAUUUGCUAGCUCUUAAUCCAAAAAUGCGUUCUGAAGUUGAUGAUGCCAUUACCCAAGCAAAGAUUUGGGCCGAGAAAAUGGACGAUGAUAAGAAAAAAAGAGUGAAAAACAGCUUAGAUCAACUGGAGACAAAAAAAUCUUAUAAAAAACUUGUUAAAUUUUGGGAAAGUAGUGAAUUUUUCCCUCAAACACCAGGUGAUAAUCCGAAAAUAUUGAGAGCUUCAGGUUCUAUUGGCAUAGAAAAUUCUGCGAUAUUUGGCCGUCAUAUUGUAGCUACCAAAGAUAUUAAGGCAGGUGAAACUCUCUGGGUACACAGAUAUUAUGCAUUUAUACUGAAUUCUGAGUACAGAUAUCGAUGUUGCUGGAAUUGUUCGAGAUAUACUUGGAGUAGCGUUCCUUGUAAUCAAUGUUCAAACGUUGUUUACUGUAAUGAAGAAUGUCGUGAUACUGCUUGGCAAAACCACCACGACAUCGAAUGUCCAGCAAUUACGGCAAUUUUAGCUCAUUUUCGAUUUCAUGAGUAUUUAGACUCAUGUUUACUUAGCGUGAGAUUACUAGUAAAAGCUUUAAAAGAAUUUGGAACAGUCAACGCAUUGUGUGAAAAAGUCAACGAGAUUGAUUUAAUAGAGGACUCAAUUUUGAAACUUUUCACUGGAGAUGUAUACGAUGAUACAAAAUAUGCUAGUGUUUAUUCCUUAUUCCGAUUAAAAUCAAAUCCAAAGGAAACUGCGGAUAUAGAACUUGCAAUCGCAACAAUACUAUUUUUGUUAAGUGGAACUACUGAAAUACUUGGGAAAAAAUUUGAUGAUCCAACGGAGUUGAUGAAUAACCAAUGGGCAAUUUUCAUUGGGAACUUAAUGUUUAAGCACAUGGAUAUAAUUAUUACGAAUUCAAUCAAAAUAUCAAUGAAUCGUCAAGGAAAUGUUUUAAAAUGUGGUUUAUUUUUGCCAGCACUUUUGUCUUUAUGUAGUCAUAGUUGUGACCAUAAUAUGUACUCACUAUCUACAGGAGAUAUAAGUACUGAGAUUGCAGUUCAGCCAAUCAAUAAAGGUGAACAAAUAUUUAUCACCUACGGUCGUAAUUAUCGAGAAGCCGCGGUUUUAGAAAGAAGACAAUCGAUACAAAUGGAUUUCAAAUUUUUAUGUCAUUGUCCGGCUUGCGCCAAUGGCUGGGGUCCAUAUUAUCAACCUCCAUGUGUGGAACAACUACGGGAAAAAACUAAACAUGAGUUCAAUAUGAUUUUAAAGAAGUGCAGCACCCAUUUUCCUAUAAUAAAUCGAAUUGCAGAUUAUCCCGCUGAAGAUAUCUCUUCAGGUAAAGUUAUUGAAAUGAUUGCUGAUUUAUCAGCAAUGCUUAAUCUUUUAGGCGGCAACAGAUACCCUUGUCAAGAAAUGGUAGCAGCAAAAGUUGGAUUAUUCAACUUAAUCACUUACAUUAGAGGAUAUAUUAAAUAAAAAUCCGAAAUGUAAACUUGAGAAUCAGUAAAUUUUUUAACCAAAAAAUAAUAAAUAUUUUGAAUCUCAGAACAACUAAGUCACUGAGAAUUAUCUUUAUAAUGGAAAUAUAUGUACUUUAUAUAAAAUGUAUGAUGACGAAAGCUAUUAAAAAUUUUGUAUCCGUAAUUAUUUCAAUUACAAUAUAUAUUACAAUGACUAACAAUUAUGUUUAAAGGACAAUAGUCUCAUCAUUUAU